AUGUUAGAUGGCGCUGAUACGGGCGAAUGCACGGAGCCGACUGACUUCGACCUACUGCUGCCAUUUUGCAAGGCUGUCAUUCCGUACACGGCAUGUCUUCCUCGUUAUCAGAGUCUCUGGUACAACCACUCAGCGCUGUCCAAAGAUCGCUUCGUAGAGCAAAUGUUCACCAAGCUCGUCAUCCAACGCAAGAUCUACGAGACAAACAGCACAAUGGCAGAUGACGAUACGGACGAGUGGGGUGGCUCUAAAUCUAUCACGCCGCGCUUCACAGACAACCCGGACUGCGAGAAUGCCUUCCGCAACUACUUUUGCUGGCUCAACUUCCCUCGCUGUGACACCGAAGGGCGAAGUUUACUGCUGUGUCGCAGUGUGUGUGAGAAUUUCAUGACGGCCUGCCAGUACUCGAGCGAUCUGUGGCGAUGUGGGGAUCCCAAGUACGUCAACGCUCGCUCGGCUGAGAUCAGUACCACAUGGGUGAAUCAAAAAUUAGUCUACUACCGAGCACCAUACCCGGGCUCGCCGUUCAAAGACAACGCCGUUGAUCCAGAUACCGACAAGCCUUUAGUGGUGUGCACGCCAAGCCUCGAAAACAUCGCGCAGAGUAAUUUCGUUCACAUCUCGCGAGUCGGACUGGCAUUUCUUGCUGUCGUUUUGUGGUUCGUUUUAUAA